UAGCCGAGUCACGACCAAGUUCAAGGCACCUAGACUUGUCACUCAGAACCCAAGAAUCAAUCCAAGAAUCGAUCUCAGACUAGACAUCAAGAUGACCUACAAAACCAACUACGAACUUUGGAACCCGCGCCCCCCGCAAAUGUCAGAGGUCGACCUCAUCCUCGGCCAAACAUACCCUCAUGUGGCCAUGCUGCCAUACUCCUACUGCUGCCACUGCUACUACGAAGAGGAAGAAGAAGCCCUAAGUCCCACGAGCUGCAGCAUGUCGACGUCCUCCUCGUUCCAGUCGACUUUUACCAAAAGCAGCGGAUGCGCCAACAAUAACCGGCGCACCAGGAUCCGAUCGCGGCUGCGAAAGCUGCUGAAUUGUUAAUGUCGUCUCGCAUACACUCAUUUCGAUAUUUCACUAUGUGACUCUAUUCACUCCACUCCAUUAAGGCGUGUCAUUCUUUGAUAUCAUCUAUAAUUAUUGUGCAAGCAUUUCCGGCAAGGCGUUGGUGGUUAGGCGAGAUGAUUAGAACGGUUAUGGGGUUUUGACUUUAUUUACUGUGUUACAUUGAACUAUAGAUAAUUUAUGCAUCUUCAAAUCAAAUUCAUUUUCC